AUGGCCACCGAGGACUGCGCCACUGUCCUUGAACAGUUCAUUCACGAUGUUGCCAAUCUACCGGCGGAGAUCACGCAUUUAAUGGAAGAAAUACAAGCCAAAGACAAGACAAUCCAAGAGUGCCGGACAACCAUCAAUUCGCGCGAUAACAGCAUCCAGAAAUUUAUCAAACUCAACGGCAGCCUCGCGCCCAAUCCGAAAGAGGAGCAAUACAGCAAGACGAUUCUCCAGAACUUAGAUCGAUGCCAGAAUCUGCAGGACGAAAAGAUCCAUCUUAGCGAGAAAGCAUGCGUCUUGCUCGAUCGUCAAAUCAAGAAAUUGGACUUCAAAAUCCGCGAUCUCGUCAAGGACGGAAUAUUAUCAAACGACCCGCCGCUUCCGUCGCUAUUCGAUAAUAAAAUCCAAUACGGCGAUCUUCCGGCCGCGUUUUUGCACGAUUCCACAUCUACCCCCGAAACCUCUACAGCAUACACACCUCUGAACCCGACCUCUGGCAAUGCCUCGACUCCCGUGUCCGCUGCUCAGCGCAUGAGCCAAACCAGCUCCCGUGCUACUAGCAUCAACCCGUUAGCUGGCCAAACCCCGACCCGCGGCUCCGCGCCAUCCACGCCUUCUGCGGCAGCUCUCCAUCUUCAGCAGCGACAGCGGGAAUCAUCAGCGGGUGCAGUUGAUAGCAAACGAAGGCGCCUAAAUGCAUCUCUCGGUACACUCCCUGCUGCACCUUCAAACCUGCGCCAGUCGUCGCUUGGUCCUGGCACACCAAAGGCCGGAACGCCCGUGACAAGCCGUGCAGGCAGUGCUGGCCCUCGCGCAGGAGGCAUUACCAAGAAGGCGGCCACUAAGAAAGUGGCGCCGCAUCAGCAAGUAAAGAAAAUCAAAGCUAGCAGCAACAAUGCGAAACUUAUCAAGCGGUCGUCAAGCGUUGGCAUGAAGUUUAAGAGCGGUCACAAAAAGUCGCCGUCUGCUGUUGGAGUCGGAGAUGAUGAAGAUGAUGACUCGAUGCUCAGCAGUGCCGAUGGCUCUGAGUCUGAAAUCACUGGAGCUUCUCGUCGUCGUGCUGGCGGUGGUGAUAUGGCGGAUUCAGAUGAGGAAAUGGAGGAAGAGGAGGAUGAAGGUGGCGAGGAUACCAAGGUCUAUUGUACUUGUCGCAGCGUCAGCCAUGGAGACAUGGUGGCAUGUGAUAAUGAUAAUUGUCCUUAUGAGUGGUUCCACUGGAAAUGCGUUGGAUUGACCAGGGAGCCUCUGGGCACUUGGUAUUGUGACGAGUGCAGACAGACUCUUGGAAAAUGA